UGGCAACAGCCCCCGCCGCAGAUGCAGGUGCCGCAGCAGUUCUGGUCACAGGGAGGGGGGCAUGACGAGGGUCCUCACGGGGGCAAGGUUUACUGCGACCGGCAAGGCAACUUCCACACUGGAAGGUGGGUGGGAGGUGACGGGGGGGAUAACGUGUCUGUCAAGGAAGAAGGGAAGGAGGAAGAGGUGAUAAGGGAAGAAAAAACUGCCCCGGUGGAUGACGAACUCAAAACCGAGUUCCAGGAUGAGUUGUCGAACAAGGAGAAGGAAAUCGAAACUCUGAAGCAGAAGUUGGCUGAAAUGGGAAGUCAGUUCAAACGGCUGAGCCUCCAGGACACGGACGUAAAACCUCAAGCAGGUGCAACUGAACCUAGGGUGACGGCAAGGGGGUCGGUGCCUGUCAAUCAAGAGCAGGAAGAGGUGGUGUCUCAGACAGAGCAGGUCGUGACGGUUAAGGAAGAACAGGAGAGUGUCACAAUCCAGCCGCUGACCUCGAGGGAGAAACAGAAAGUCAUGACAGGAUAUGUGACGAUGAACAUGAAGGAUUGGACUAAGCUCCCUUGGAUACCACUCUCUGAUUCCCCGGGAGAGUUGGUUUCUUUCAACAGAAGGUUGGAAGAUACAGUCAACAAUGUAUUUUUGGCGGUGGGGGACUACAAUGGAUGGUGGGUGCCAGGAUGGGAAAAACCUGUGCACAGACAUCUGAUCACUUCCAUCACCCGAUCCAUGUCCCCUGCCCAGACGAUGACGUUCCGCGAGAAGAUAGACAAGGUCUUUGCGGACACGUCGAAGAAGAUGGAAGAAGGGUCGACGGGUAAGAAAGCGUUGGCAUUCUUGACUUCGGCGUUGGGGAGGGUGGUGAGUUCAUCGUCACCCGAGAAGUUGGUGUACGACUUGCAGACGUUUGCAGCACCUACUGGAACGCCGUAUAGCGAGUACUUGACUAUCUUGCAGGGGUUGGUGCAAAAUGUUCGGAACCUGGGCGUUGUGACGCCGCAGGACAACACAAUUCAACUGGCAGUCAGAGAGAGUGUGUCUGAUCAAUACAGUGUUUUGACCGCUUCCGUGUUCAAGGGCAAGGAGAAGGGCGUUGUGCCGUUCGAUAACAUCGACACCUUGAUGCAUGAAUUGCGAAAUUUCGAGGCGGUGAAGGGGGGGGCAACGACUCCGACGCGGAUGAUGGCUCAGGUAAAGAGCUCCUCGGGGUGGAGGCAGGGACAGAGAGGGUGUGGAGGAGGAAGGACAGGGUCAGGGGGAACGAAUACAUUUCGGUCCGCUUCUCCUGGCAGGUCAGAUGGUGGAUAUGGGGGGAGGGUGAUGACGGUGGAGGACAUGGAUUACGAGGACGAAUGUGCAGAGUUUAAGAGAGUCUAUGACAUUCACGCCGCGCCUCGCACAAACAGCCAAGCGACUGAUUGCCCUUUCUUCGCGUGGUUCACGUCUGUCGAGGAAAAGGACAGGCACAGGCAGGCGUUCGGAUUAAGGUGUUUGAACUGUGGCAGUGAGGGACACUUUGUGCGGGAUUGUGACAAGGGGUACAUUAACACCUCGAACAUGUUGAACAAAAACUUGGCAACCGAGUCAAAGGCCGAAGUGAAGGCAAGGUGGGAUCGAUGGUUGCAUCGCCUGAGGCAAUGGCAAUCAAAUCGGAUGGAGGAGAGGAGGAGGGAGAGGAAUAACUAACUGAUGGUGCGACGGUCAGUUGGCCAGCUUGCCGGUAGCACCUUGGCCAAGAUGCUUUGUGGGUGAUCAGGCAGAGAAAGAAGAGAGGAAGGAGGGAGAGGUGAAGGGAAACAGGAGUGAACGGAUUGCGAAAUAGAAAAUAAUUCUCGCGGAGUGAAGGUGAAGAGUGAAAGGGGUAAAAAUUAUUACGAGAUUGAAGAGAUCUCGAGGAGUGAUGGUGCAGGGUGAAGGAGGUCCCGGGUAUUGUGAUGACGAAAAGAAAUAUCGCGGACAGAAGGGAAGAAAGCAGAGCCCAGGACCGGGAUCAAAACAGAAUCUUGGGGAGGCUGAAAUUAAGCGAAAGCAAUCAUCACGCGAGAACAUCGAAGACGACUCGGCGGGUGGGAUUGUUGAGGAGGAGGGGGGCCGAUCGGUGGUGCACAACACCGAGGGUGAUGGCCUGGCGACGGGGAUCGUCUCGUCCAACCACGGGAUUUUCCAGAAGUAGGGGUGCCGAACACGCCCCCUUCGUCAGAUCAAACGAAGUCUAGCAUUGGCAGAAUGGGAAAUGUUACUGACAAUGCAACACCAGCGGGGAAUGCGUUAAACACUCAAAGGAAGGAAACACGCAAGGCAAAUUCUCCGAGAACAGUGAGGUGUCCGCUGUAUCCUCAAGCGGAACACACAGUUGGUCGAAAUGGAGCAAAAAGGGGUCGAUUAAUGGGGACACUAGAAGGGAAAAAAGCGCUACCAUUGAUCGUGCUGGCAGCAAGCAGAACCAUGAAACUCUUGCUUUACCAGUGAUAGGAGAAGAGGGCGUGAUAGGGGAUGCAUCCGCCUCUGAGAAUUCUCUCAAGCGUGAGGUUGAGGAAACAGCGCAGGAGGGAGGAAUUUUUGGUGAAGCACAAGAAGGAACAGAUCGCAUUUUUGCCGUACAAGUAUCUGUUAGUUCUGUGUCAGGACAAAGGAGUAAUGCGGUGUACCCUCCGCCUCCUUUUACGUUCGCUACAGGUGAAGCGGCGGACUACCUGUCACCAUAUACUCGGUCGGUCGGUGGGGAUUUGACGAUGGAUCGACAUCGGCAUACGACUAGAGUGCAAGUGUUCGCGGGGUCGAGAGCGACAAAGAUGAUGUCGUGGGAGGCUCUGUUGGAUACGGGAAGUCCGGCAUCGUUUGUACAAGAAAGGUGGCGUUCAGGCGGUUGUGGCAGCGAGUGCCUCCGCACAUUCGAGACGUCCAUUUCGACUUCAAUGCGAA